AUGUGUGAGGUGUUCUUCAUGUCCAGCGCUGACUUCCCAAAGAUUCCCAGGAAGCUGCUGGACAUUUUGAACGAGUACGUUGCGUCAUCCACCACAUGGCGCUUGGGAUGUCAUCAGAGGAGCACUGAAUUUCGCAAGCAUGGUCAUGGUGUCCCAGAGUCUAAGCUGCCGGAAGAUGAUAUUGACAAAUCUCAGUGGGCGUCUAGCAACACCGACGACAACGAGCUUGUGGAAGAUUUCCGCGAAGUGCGAAAGAACCAUUUCGAAGAUUUUCAGAAGGAACGCACCUUCGCUUUGCUAGACAUGAUGUCAAAGUUUAUUCCUGUCAGCAAAUGUCGCUUUCGUUUCUCGUGUAGCCUGUCCAGGCCGCGUUCGCUGGAACUUGACGGGUUCCCAUGUUUUUGUUCGCAGUACCCCUGUGCAACGGCGCAGGACUCAUCAGAACAUAGGCUCAUGUAUUUCCGCUCGCCACAUGUGUCAUUGCUUUCACUCGUAGAAUCUAAGCAGCAUAGCCGCUUCACAGCCAAAUAUCCUGGCUUCGAGGCAGCUUCCCAGAAACGGGGAGGGUCUGCACGAAGUGUGGCACUGCUCAGCCCAAAUGCACGUGUGUUUAAACGGCACGCCGUUUGGUUUCACCCGGCAGUUUGA